AUAUUCUAUCACUAGUUAGCAACGGACCAUUUUGCGGGCAUGUAAAUGGCGCUCUCAUUUUUCGAGUUAAUUCACCGGGCCUUGCAUCUAGCAACUUUACAUUUCGAAUCGCUGCAAGAGUUACUGAGAAUUUAGUCAUCACUGUGUCGUUAGGCCGUGUUCCAAGAUUGUGUUUCUCCCCUGGAAAUGAGUCUCUUUUAUCGGAGAUUCCUAUAGUCGAAAGUCCAAGUUAUGAUCCUCUUGAACAAAAGGAAAGGGGUGGGAUUGUCAUCAAGGAACAUGUUCUUGAUUUUCUAUUGAUGAUGAAUCAUUUUGAAGAGGCUGAUAAUACAGUGCCUAAAUCCGUGUCAAAUCUUGUUGUUCACGUUAUAGACACACAUGUGGAUCACCUUCAAGAUAUUGUGACUAAGUUGGAGAUUGAGUUGGAUUCUGUUGAACUGGAAUUGGAAAAAGGUGGUUUUGCUUUGAAGCAACAAAUGUUGGAUGACAGAAGAUUCCCAAAGGUGCAUCUUGACUCGCAACGCCUCCUCCAGGUGAUUGCAUAUGGGGAGCAAGUAAUUCCAAGAGUGAAGGAGAAGUGUUCUUCAAAAGAUUGGUUUUCCAGUGAUGAUAUUAACAUCCUUGAAGAGAUAAUUGGUCAACUGAGAAGUUUAAAAGAGAAUAUUGGAUUUAUAGCUAAUAGAGUUACAGGAAUACAGACUGGUCUUGAAAGUUGGCAAGCUGACCAAAUAACUAGAAAACUAUAUUACCUUUCUUUCCUCUCCAUCAUGUUUCUCCCCUUGUCAGUAGUAACUGGAGUGUUUGGGAUGAAUGUGGGAGGUGUUCCUUGGACAAACCAAAAUGAACCUGAGCUGAAGGAGGGGUUCCACAAUGUAAUGUUGCUCUGUGUGGCUUUAAUACUGUUGGUCCUCUUAUGCUUCCUUUUCCCAACUUUUUAUGCUUCUUUUGUGACUUGGAAGAGAAGAAGAGACAUGAAAAGAAGUUGGUCUCUCAACCACAAAUCCUUCCAUAGAAGAACUACAAGUAGUAGUAGGGAAAGAAAUGAUAAUGGAGUUAACGGAGGCGUGCAAAGGUUAUCUCAGGCGGGGAUGGAAGUUGGCCUUCGAGUGCAAAAGCGGGAGCUUGACUACAAGACCCACCAAUCGAGCAAGGGCGAGAGUCGGCUUCAGUACUCACACGAGUGGAAGGGCCGUCUCUCAGCGGAUAAAAGUUACUUACUUUCCGUGAACAUAGAUUCUGACAUAAUUGUUACUUAG